AUGUUGUCUUCUAAGUGCGCUGCGGCAGGGAAGCUUUUGGCGCCAUUUUGUAAGGUAGCUUGCAAGAUUGAGCGGCGCUCAGCGACAAAACUAAGUGCGGUUGAUGCCGGGAUUGCCAAGGUGAUUGCGGAGCAUAACGCCAAUGGAACCGAUGCCGCAGUAAGCAGUACGAAGCGCUACCUCCACGAACAGAAGCAACUCUUUCACUAUCGUAUCGUGCGUUUUUUUGAUGAGUGCCGCUACCUGGCCUCGGGGGAGUAUUUUCGCACGUACAACUUUGCGAGCUUUAUUUGGGAUAUUCGUUUUCUUACCAAGUUCCUGUUGCUUUUUAUUAUUGGCACACUCUUUGGUCGACAGAGCAUCUUCCCACCUAUUGACCCGAACUCGCCACUCGCCCUCGCGCUGGAGACAAAGGUGAACCCGAACUACUAG